UACAGUGCUAAUAUUAAUGCUUUGUCUUGUUGUCUCUAGUCACUCUUGAGUCAGCGCUUGUCUUUGCUGGUACAAAGUAAAAAUAAACACAUAUAUCCAUUCAUACGAUCAAUUUAAACUAUGAGCAAACGAAAAGCGCCACAAGAAACUCUAAACGAAGGAAUCACAGACUUUCUGAUUGAGUUGGCCAAUUAUGAGAGAAAUGUCAACAGAGCCAUCCACAAAUACAAUGCUUACAGAAAAGCAGCAUCUGUGAUCGCCAAAUACCCACAGAAGAUCAAAAGUGGAACAGAAGCAAAGACACUGGAUGGUGUUGGUGCAAAGAUAGCUGAGAAAAUUGAUGAGUUUUUAACCACAGGAAAACUGCGCAAACUGGAAAAGAUUCGCAGUGAUGACACAAGCUCCUCCAUUAACUUCUUAACCAGAGUGACUGGAAUCGGUCCUGCUGCGGCGAGGAAGUUUUAUGAUGAGGGUGUCAGGACAUUAGAAGAUCUGAAGAAAAUUGAACACAAACUCAACCAUCAUCAGCAGAUCGGGUUAAAGUACUUUGAAGAGUUUGAGAAGAGAAUUCCUCGUGCAGAAAUGCAGAAAAUGGAGGCUCUGAUAUUAAAAGAACUUGAUAUAGUGGAUCCUGAGUACAUUGGCAUCAUCUGUGGCAGCUAUAGGAGAGGAGCAGAGUCGAGUGGUGAUAUUGAUAUAUUGCUGACCCAUCCAGACUUCACCUCUCAGUCUGAGAAACAGCCAAAACUUCUUCAUGCAGUUGUGGAUCAUCUGGAGUCCCUCGGCUUCAUCACGGACACUCUGUCUAAAGGAGACACUAAGUUUAUGGGUGUGUGCCAACUUCAGGAAGAUGAGGAAGAUUAUAUUCACCGCCGAAUUGAUAUCAGGCUUAUUCCAAAGGAUCAGUAUUACUGUGGAGUGCUGUACUUUACUGGGAGUGACAUAUUCAACAAGAACAUGAGGACUCAUGCACUGGAGAAAGGCUUUACUCUUAAUGAGUACACCAUCCGUCCACUGGGGGUCACGGGUGUGGCGGGAGAGCCGCUGCUGGUGGACAGUGAGAAGGACAUCUUUGACUACAUCCAGUAUAAAUACAAGGAACCAAAAGACCGCAGCGAGUGAAACUAACAGAGACUAUGAGAGAGGGAUGUGAACAUGAUGGUCUCUUUCAAGAAUGUAAUGCAUCUGUCAUACACAAAAUUUCAACCUCAAAAUGUGCGUGUGUGUGUGCUGGUAAAUUAGGUCAUAAUAAUGUGUUUUAAUAGUAGAAGAUAUAUUUAGUGAGUCCAGGAGAAAUGUGUGUGUUUGAAGUUUUAGAGAUGAGAAAUCAGCUACUUGGAAGUAGUUGAAGGUGCUUUUAAAAAUAAUCAUACAUAGUAUUUUAUUUACAUUACAAAUCCAAUUCUGAAUUGCUUCAGGUUGUUAGAGAGGUCUAAGAGUGAGAAAAUACAGUGAAAACAGCGUAAACAUUUGUUUAUUCUGAGAUUGCAACAUUUAAUUUGUAAGUAAGCAAACUGAAUUUAUUUUUGACGAUGUAUGUGAUUUAUUAUUUAAAGUUUUCAUGGUAAUGCACGAGGUUGUCCACUAUAAUGUGACACUAGAUAGAUAAGAACAUUAAAUGCUGCCCCUCAAAGUCUUGAGAUUUGUGUGAAAUAUACAGUACGUGUAAUUUCGGCGGCACAGUGGCUCAGUGGUUAGCACUGUUGCACCUCAGUAAGAAGGUCCCAGGUUCAAGCCCUGGCUCAGCUGGGCCUUUUGUGUGGAGUUUGCAUGUUCUCCCCAUGUUCAUAUGGGUUCCCUCCAGGUGCUUCAGUUAAAAGGUGCUUCGGUUUCCCCCACAAGUCCAAAAACAGUUGGAGACUCUAAAUUGACCUGUAGGUGUGAGUGAGAGUCCCCCAGCCACUGGGGGUUGUGUCAGGAAGGGCAUCCGGCAUAAAACUUGUGCCAAGUCAGAUAUGUGGAUCACGGAUGGCGCACUGUGGCGACCCCUAACAGGAGAAGCCAAAAGAAGAAGAUACAGUAUGUGUAAUUUAUUACAGAAGCUCUGAAUUGCAAGGUGAAAAAAAAAAAAAAAAGUCUCAGUUCCUUCCUGAGCCUAAGUCUUAAAUUGUUUUCUCUCUUCAAAAUUUUUUUCUCUCUUCAAAAAUUUUGUUUUUCUCUCUUCAUAAAAUGUUUUUUUCUCUCUUCAAAAAAAUGCAUACCAACCUUGGCCAUCAGGUGCCACUAUCAGUAAUAUAUUAAAAUAUAUUAUUAUAAUUAAAUUCCACCAUGAAAGUCUGCACAUGACAUUCCCGUUCAGUCGCGAGGAUUUAAUUUAUAAAUUAUCUUUUCGUUUAGAAAUUAGAUUACUUACAACAAACUUACUUUUGAAGAGAGAAAAAAAACCGUAAGACUUAGGCUCAGGAAGGAACUGAAACACUAUUUUUUUUUUUUUUUUCACUUUUUUUUUUUCCACCUUGCGGUUCAGAGCUGCCGUAAUUUAUGACACUGUACUGUAAAAAAAAAAAAAGGCCAAAUACUUUGGUUCUAUGUCAUUUUUAGUAAUUUUCUAAAAUAAUAUGCCAGUUGGAAUAUUGAAGAGGCCAUUGACAUUUUCAUUGUGAGAAGAAAUUAAACAAAAGAGUCUGUCUGGAUCACAUUACAUUUUCCUGAAAUUCAUUUAUUGUAUCAUCAUCAACAUGAAAUUACUUUUUGUACAUCUCAAUAGUGCUUUUCAGUGAAAUGUUACUGCUGCCAAACUAUAAUUUAAUUCGGCUUGUAUAUCCUGUAAAGGUGCCAGAAAGGGAGAAACAAUCAAUCUAGACACUAGAAGUGAAUCAAAUGACAAGAUUCUUUUCACUACAGACAAACUAGAUAAGUAGUGACGUUUUGAGCAUCUCGCUCUCUCAGAUUUAAAGAGGGAAGUUUUUACGUUUUUCUAUUAAGAGUAAUAGAGUAAUGCUCGAAACGUCAUUAAUAUCUAUUAAAAAUCCUGUUCAUGGGAACUUUGCAGGUGCGUGUUUCCUUUUUCUCUACUUUGGAUUGUUGCUUUUUGGAUUCCGUUACCUUUUGACUUGAAUGUGUGUGCCUUUUUUGUACCUUUUGUAUUUAUUUAAUUAAACAUUUAUUUCAUUAUUUAAUUUUGAGUAACUUGGCCCUUCAUAGUGGACAUGAGUGUGUUGUCCAUGCCAGAGGUUUUCAAACUGGGGUUUGGGGACCCCCAAGUUUUUUUGUUUGUUUGUUUUAUUUUGGGGUUUUUUUACACAAAAAAAUAAAUAAAAAUGUGUGUAAAAGUGUAGAAAUUGUUGAAAUGUUUUGACAUCAUUAC